AUGGAUGAGUUGGAGGGCGAGCAGCGGGAGGACGAGGGGAGUGAUGCUGGCGUGGUGCUGAGUGACGGAGAGGAGGAGGGACGCGGCGGUAGCUCAUGGGCGUCGGUGCUGCAGACGCUGGGGCCAGAACAUCCUCUAUUGAAAGGCUUCCAGGAAGCAAAGCGACGGCAGCUUCAGGAGGAAAAGAGUCAGCUGCAACUUCGUUUCAUGCAGCUGCGGCAACAGACGAGUGACCUCAAGAGGGAGAACGUGAUGCUGGGCUCCAAGAUGUUUGAGGUGCAACAGGCCGUCACCAGAGCUCAGGUCAAUCUUGAUAAAUCAAAGACAGAGCGUCGGCGAACGAGGGAGCUGCUGUCCACGGCGAGGGAGUCAGUGACUACGGCGCUGCGUCAAGAGCAGGAGGUGGUGGCGGCCCUGACAGCGGCUCGCAGGCAUGAGGUGGACAUGAAGCGGGAAGUGGAGCGGCUUGGGGUCCGGGUGGCGGUGAUGAAGACGGCGCGGGCAAACAGUGAGGGCGAUGUAACCACCCUUACUCGAGUCCUGCACAAGACUGCCUGGGACCGCGCGGCUCUAGAAAAAGACAAGCUGCUGCAGGACCUGUUAGUGGAGCGGCUGACGGCGGCCCUGGAGCGAGAGACCACCACAAUAAGGACACUGCAGGAAGCGAAGCGGGAGGAGAUGGAGCUGGCACACGCACUGAGAGAGAGAGCCAGAUUGCAGGAAGAGGAACUGCUUCACUUAGAGUGUGAGGGUGUGGGCGUGAAGCGGGCGUGGGAAUCGAACGUGGUAGUGCUGCAGCGGCGAUCAGAGGAACACAGCCAAGCACAGGAGCAUCUGCAGCAGCUGGCGGCGGAGCGGUCUGGACUGAAGGCACAGCUUCACAACACAAGGAAGGAGGUGAGGCAGAACCAGCUGGAGCACGAGCAACAGUCCUGCAGACUGUUGCGGAUGGAGCGUGACGUGACCAAGCAGCGGGAGAAGUUGUCGGAGGUGCGGGAGGAGACACAGCAGCUGGCGGAGCGACAUGAAGACCUGGUGGCGGCGGUAGAGCAGCUAGAGUCUAGCUGUGACACAAAGCAGAAGGAGACGCAGGAACAGGAGCGGAUGAUAGAACGAGCGUAUAAUGACAUCAGGAUCACCACGGAGCGUUGGAGGCGCAUUGAGGACCAGGCGCUGGCCAGGCUGGCGCACCACACUGCCGCCACCAGGGCCGCCCGCAACCUGCGCCGCUCCGUGGCGGACGCGAGAGCUAGGUGCCGGCAACUGGAAGACAAGCUGGUAGAGAAAGAGCGGAGUGCGGCUGAUACAGCACUAAGAGCCUCAGAUGCCCGGGUGAGUGUCUCAGCUCAUACCGCCACCAAAGACUCCAUGACCGCUAUCCUGGACCGCCUUCAGGCAGAUAUCGAUAAGCUGGAGGCAGAUUUGAAGAAAGGUCACGAAAAGAUCAGUGGAAACGAGUGUGCCGUGGAUCGCCUCAACAAACAGCUGGCCAAGGCGAUCGAGCUGGCACAGGGAAGCGAGGCACCACCCGCUGAUCGUGAGGAGCGGCGCCUUCGAUUGCUGCUGCAGGACCACACGAAGGAGAGGGCGGCGUUAGAGGACGAGGCGCUCAGUGUGCACCGCCAUCUGCUGGAGGCUCGCGACGAGCGUGACAUCCUCACCGAGAAGAUUUCACGCCUCCAACAAGAGCUCGGUGCGCUGCGGGGGCGGCAAGCUCGUCUGGAGAGUGGCGUGCACCAGGAGCGUAGUGCCUUCAAGGAAGCUGAACGGCGGCGGGAGCGUCUUCACCGCGCCCUAGCAACGGUGGACUCCAGGCUGCACCAGGAGGCCCAGUUGAGGGAAGCCACGUCGAGAGAGGCUGACGCUUCUGAAACUCAACUUCUCGCCAAACUACAUGAGAUGGAGCAGAAGGCCGCCAAGAGAGAUAACGAACUGGAGGAGUUGAAGGACAAGAGAGAAGAGAUAGAAGGAACACUGCUUGAAGCCACGAAGGAGAGAACACAGUGGGAGAAGAGCCUGGCGGAGCUACGGGAUAUCCAGGAGACCCUGAAGAAGGAUAUGGGCACUGAAGGGGACUUGCACGCCAUGAAGACAGAGAUCACACGCAUGCAGGCUCGCUGGCGGACGCUGCAGGCCACUCAAAAGGAACUGUCAGGACAACUGGAGCAGAGCGUCAGUGUGGAGGCAGCGCUGAAGACACGCACUCUGGCCACGGUUUCCAAGCUGCGCCGCGAUCCCAACGGUGCCCGGGCCACGACACUCAUGCACGAAGACAUACUGAAGAGGAAGCUCACGAAAAACACAAAGAAGUUGUCUGAAAUAGAGUCCGCGGUGGGGGCGGCGCGAGACGAGAGGAACCGCCUAGGUGAGGAGGGACAGCGGCAGGAACGGCUCUACGCGCACAAUGUUCGUCUGCUGCAGGAGGCAGCCACGCACCUUGAGCAGAAGCUGGUCAAGAAGCAGGAGGAACAGUUGCGGUUGCAGGAAUGUCGAGCAAGGUUGAGGCACCUGACGGCGGUGCGGGAAGGCCGCUACAAGAUGCUGGCAGCGGCGGGGGAGGAAGCCCAGCAGGCCGUGAAGGAAAGGCUGGCAGCGCGGGCCCAGGCUUACGGCGGCGUGGUGGCACAGCUGGAGGCAGGCUUCCCUAACAUGGAGGUGAAACUGCGCAAUAUGAAAAUUCUCCUCCAAAAAUUUGUGGAAUAAGAAUAACCAAACGUGUCUGUGUGUGUGUGUGUGUGUGUGUGUGUGUGACUAGCACCGCAUCAGUGCUUAACGCUAGAACACACCUUCC